AUGUUCUGGAUUUUAACAUUAAUUCAUCUCACUUAUGGAAUACCUUGCGCAUACACAAUAGAUGAAAAUAGAAUACCCAUUGAAACAGAUAAGGAGCCCUGGAUGAGUGAAUCAAUGAGCUAAUGUUAAUUCUAUGAGAAUAGUCCUGUUUGCUGCACUCAGGCAUAAGAUGAAGGAAUUGCCAGUGAUUUUAGCUCUUUGGAUGCCACCUUUGGUAGUGAUGGUGAUGGAUGCGACAUUUGUGCAGCAAACAUGAAAAGAUUCUGGUGUGUUUACUCUUGUGAUCCAAGAUAGGGGGAAUUUCUUCAAAUCACUGGCAGAGCCAAUGUCACUGACCCUAGAAACCCCAACAGAACUAUUGAUGUAUAGACUGUAACCUUACGUAUUCAUCCUUCAGUGGCCUGUGAUGUGUUUUCUUCUUGCCAACGAACAAAUUUCGCUUCUCAAGUCAGUGCCAUGGCAACCCCAGGUGGAUUCUUUAAUUUCUAAGCCGAAUAAGGAGUGUAUGAUAUGAUGCAAUUCAUUAGAUCUUCAUCUCUUUAAUUAAUCACCAUUGAGUUUUCUGAAUAAAACUCUUUGUUCAUGUCUGACAUCAAUAAUUGCAAUUAAACUUUCGAAAAGGCCAAAGAUGGAAAAUUUUAUGACCCUUACAAAUUCGAAAUCAAACAGCCUUGUGGUUGUAAUACCUGUGAAGACUCCUGUGAUGCUGAGAAAAUCUUGUAUUAAGAACCAGGUGUCUUUUAUGGGUUUGAUUGGCAAUACGUAUUGUUUGCAUGGGGGUGGGCGAUAUUAUUUGCUUUAGCUUUCACUCUUUACAGAUCAUGCAUUAAGAAGAAAGUCAUCUUACAAGAAGAUGAGGAUUUUAUUUAUAAUUGA